UCGAAAUACUUUAUUAAAUUAUUGUCUAAAUAACUGUGCCGCUAUGCUAUGAGAACCUUCCAACGGGACGAAGGUAAUAUAUUAAAAAUUAUAUUAAGAAAAAUUAUAAAAUUUGGGUUAAAUUACAAUAUUAAUUUUUUACUACUCCGUAAUAAAUAAAAUAACCAAUUAAAUACAUUAAUGAUAAAAUUGUAAGAAACAUUCUAAACAUUACCAAGUGAAAACAUGUUCUGAUAUGAUCUACCAUUUAAGACAUCCUAAAACAAGUCGUCUAUGAACAACUUUAUAUUACCUCAAAUUACUUACACCAAUAUACAAAUUUCAACGCUUCAAUAUAUAAGUUGGCAUGGGAUUAAGAGAAGAAGAAUCCACAAUAUCGAUGGAUCGGAUAGAUUCAAAAUUCAGUUCGAUUCCGAUCAGCUAACAUGGGAGAGAGAUCCCAAAUCCACGUUGUUGGCCGCCGCCUUUGCAGGCAUGGAGUUUGAAGUCUUGAAGCAUGAAGAUGAAGUGGUGGCCGAGCGGUGGAGCCGGCACCGGAAAGAUCCUUGGUGGGUCGUCGGCGAGCAGAGGCAGCGUUGCCCGCCCUUCGGUGAGUUCGCCGGGAUCUCGUCGCCGUUGGGACUUUUGGGAGAUAUGAUGGAGGAGUCCAUAGUAGCCGGAGUAGUAUUGGCCAUGAUUUCUUCGUUAUACUCGGUACUGCGUAUU